AUGUACCGCGCACUGUACGCGUUCCGCUCGGCGGAGCCCAAUGCCUUGCCAUUCUCCGCAGGCGAGACCUUCCUGGUCCUGGAGCGCAGCAGCGCUCACUGGUGGUUGGCGGCGCGAGCGCGCAGCGGCGAGACAGGCUACGUGCCACCAGCCUACCUGCGCCGCCUGCAGGGCUUAGAGCAGGAUGUCCUGCAGGCCAUUGACCGGGCCAUUGAGGCUGUGCACAAUGCAGCCAUGCGGGACGGCGGCAAGUACAGCCUGGAACAGCGUGGAGUCCUCCAGAAGCUGAUCCACCACCGCAAAGAGACCUUAUCCCGAAGAGGCCCUUCAACUGCCAGCUCUGCAACUAUGACUCAGUCCACCAGUGACCACCAUCUGGAUGCUGCUGCUGCCAGGCAGCCCAAUGGGAUGUGUCGCACUGGGUUUGAGCGGCAGCACAGCCUGCCCAGUUCUGAGUAUGUUGGGGCAGAUGGAAGUCUCUACCAGGUAAAUGCCAGGCUGCCACCCAAACCCUCUCUGUCCUACCAGAUCCCACCACAGCCUCGCCGAGCAGCACCCACUACACCACCCCCACCUGUGAAGCGUCGAGACCGAGAGGCUCUUGUGGCCUUGGGGAGCGGCAGCCGCACCAUCACACCUUCAGGGGGCAGUUCUAUGUCCAGUGGCUCAUCAGUCAGCAGCACCUCCCUAGACACACUCUACACCGGCUCCAGUCCAUCUGAGCUAGGCUCCAGCUGCUCUCCCACACCCCCACCUGUGCCCCGCCGAGGUGCCCAUACCACUGUUUCCCAGGCCCAGUCCCCCCUAUCCCCAUCACCAACUCCCAGGCCCCCUGCAGAGGAAGUAUCAGUUGUUACCACCUCAGUCCCUGAGGAACUGGAGGCCCUAGGUUCACUGAGCCUGGGGACCACAGAGGAGAAGGCAGUGGUCGAGAUGGCUGUGCCGAAGAGCAUUGGGGCAGAGCUGACGGAACUUGUGCGGAGAAACACUGGCCUGAGCCAUGAGCUGUGCCGUGUGGCCAUCGGAAUCGUGGUGGGUCACAUCCAGGCCUCUGUGCCAGCCAGCUCACCUGUCAUGGAACAGGUCCUGCUCUCGCUGGUAGAGAGUAAGGACCUGAGCACAGCCCUGCCCUCAGGGCAGGUCUGCCAUGACCAGCAGCGGCUGGAAGUGAUCUUUGCAGACCUGGCUCGGCGGAAGGACGAUGCCCAGCAGCGCAGCUGGGCCCUAUAUGAAGAUGAGAGCGUCAUCUGCUGCUAUCUGGAGGAGCUGUUACACAUUCUGACUGAUGCAGACCCUGAAGUUUGCAAGAAAAUGUGCAAGAGGAACGAGUUCGAGUCUGUUUUGGCCUUGGUGGCCUAUUACCAAAUGGAACACCGGGUGUCCCUGCGGCUGCUGCUGCUCAAGUGCUUCGGCGCCAUGUGCAGCUUGGACGCAGCCAUCAUCUCCACGCUCGUGUCUUCUGUACUGCCUGUGGAGCUGGCGCGGGACAUGCAGACAGACACCCAGGACCACCAGAAACUCUGCUACUCGGCGCUCAUCCUGGCCAUGGUCUUCUCUAUGGGGGAGGCAGUGCCCUAUGCACACUAUGAGCACCUGGGCACACCUUUUGCCCAGUUCCUGCUGAGUGUCGUUGAGGAUGGACUACCCUCGGACACCACAGAGCAGCUGCCAGACCUCUGCAUGAACCUGCUUCUGGCUCUCAACCUGCACCUUCCAGCCCCUGACCAGAAUGUCAUCAUGACUGCUUUGAGCAAACAUACUAAUGUCAAGAUCUUCUCUGAGAAGCUGCUAUUACUGCUGAACAGAGCAGAUGACCCGGUACGCAUCUUCAAGCACGAGCCCCAGCCACCACACUCCAUCCUCAAGUUCUUGCAGGAUGUGUUUGCCAGCUCAGCCACAGCUGCCAUCUUCUACCACACGGACAUGAUGGCACUCAUCGACAUCACUGUGCGGCACAUCGCGGACCUGUCACCUGGAGACAAGCUGCGCAUGGAAUACCUCUCCCUGAUGCAUGCUGUGGUCCGCUCCACACCCUACUUACAGCAUCGCCACCGGCUCCCUGACUUGCAGGCCACAUUGCGCCGCAUCCUUGCUGAGGAGGAGGCCUCGCCCCAGUGCCAGAUGGACCGCAUGAUUGUCCGAGAGAUGUGCAAGGAAUUUCCAGUGCUGGGCGAGGCCCCCAGCUAG